GUGGGGCUAUACAUCAGCCAAUCAUCUUUGACGACCGAUGGAGGACGACAACCAUGCACUACCUCGCCAUGUCAUUCGCAUCGACCGCAACAUGCUCAGCCGAGUGCUGUACCCGAACCCGGUGUGCCUCCUCAGCGUGGCCGAUCCGUUGUCCAACACGCGUAACGUCAUGACGGUGACGUGGCUCACCCCCAUAAACAACCACGGCAAGUUCAUUUGCUCGAUCAACUGCCAUCGGCACACGGCGACCUUUCUCAACCAAGUUGGCCGGACUUUUGUGCUCAAUGUCCCGACAGUUCAGCAACAAGCGCUCGUGCUUGCCAUCGGGGGAUGCUCCGGUUCGACGGUCGACAAGUUUGCAUCGCUCAACAUUGAAACAUGUGACGUGGGAUGGACACCGCCCACCCGACCACCAAAACGAAACAAGCACGGCAUGUCCAAGAAGGACUUGGUAGAGGUCGACGUCGCGGAUGCCGCUGCAUCGUGUGUUGCUUUGAAGGAUUCCAUCGCGCAUGUGCUAUGCCGCGUGGAAAAGGUUGACGUAGACGAUGGGCACUACAUCAUCACUGCCGUCGAGCUCGCAGCAUACGUCGACGCCAGGUACUGGAAUGGCAAGACGUUCGGGUCGACGGACGCCCCGCCGUAUCUGACCUUCUUGGGAUCCAAGGUGUUUGGCCAGGUCACGCCGUUAGAGGCAUUCCAUUGAACAGAUCGAUUCCUACAUCUUCCUAGCCAACGUCUACUUGAAACCCUUAAACCCGCGAUGUUUGAACCCACGACCCUUGAAGCCCUUGAACCCUUUGUGGCCCUUGUACUUGACUUUGCCAUGCUUGUUCACCUUCAUGUGACCGCCGCCGUAUCCUGCUUGGUACACGCCUGGCUGCUGGACGUACAUGGGUUGGUGCUGGCCGUACUGACCAGGAUGCAUCGGUGGAGCGUAUUGUCCAGGUAUGGCUUGCGGCGGAGCUCCGUAGUAUGGCUGCGGUGGGUAGCUUUGUUGCAUGACAUACCCUUGCUGCGGUGGGUAUGCAGGUUGUGGGUAACCUGGCUGGGGAGGGCCUUGUUGAGGGUAGCUCUGCGGUGGAUAACCCGGCUGGGGGUAUCCCUGCGGUGGGUACCCUUGUUGGGGAUACGCCUGAGGCGGAUAACUGGGCUGGCCUUGCUGGGGUGGCGGGUACUGGCCUGGUGGAGGUUGCUGGCCAGGCGGGUACUGGCCAGGUUGCUGUGUGUAUUGGCUCGGCGGAGGUUGCUGUCCCGGCGGGCAUUGUCCAGCGGGUUGCUGCGGGUAUUGUUGGCCAGGGUACGGCUGUUGGUUCAUGACGCCGACAA